GUGACGGUACGGUGUUGGUUGGUAACGUUGUUCCUUCGCGCGUCGCGUUUCCUCAAUGGGCACCUCGUGGACCCAGUGCGAGAAGAGACGCGGCCGCCGAUAACGCCAGUGAUAACGCCGAUAUCGUCGCGAUAUCGAGGUGCCCACCCCGGUAAUUUUGCAUUUUUCUAAACGGAUUAGCUCGAUGUAGCGCGCAUAGCGUAUAUAGGAUUGUGUGAGCUUAGAGGCUUGUAAAUAGCAUGCCGAGAGGGAGAGGUGUACGUGUGAAAAUUUUUUUAAAAAAUAUUUGUAUCAAGUGAGGAACAUAUAGAGGAAGGUAGGAUCUAUAUACAGAGACCACGGUUGUGAUCGAUGAUUUCUUUGGUGCUCUUUGGUGUGUGCGCGCGUACGGUCGCUGAUUAAUAGAGCAUCCCGAGCGGAUAUACAUGAUACAUUAACGCACAAGGAGCGGUUAUGAGAGUUCGAUGACCACGGGCCCGCGGACCAUCGACGCUACCAUGGACUACCUGCAGACGUGCCUCAUCUUUUACCUGCUGAUCCUCUGCUUCUGCGGCGGACGUUCCAUAGACAUAUCACAAUGCAUCGCACCCCUGGGGAUGGAGUCGGGCGCGAUUCCCGACGCGGACAUCACUGCGAGCUCCAGCUUCGAUAGCGGAAACGUCGGGCCGCAUCGCGCACGGCUGAAGCAGGAGAGCCACGGAGGUGCCUGGUGUCCGAAGCAGCAGAUCACGGCAGAGCCGCGCGAGUGGCUGGAAAUCGAUCUUCACACGGUGCACACGAUCACGGCGACCGGCACUCAGGGCCGCUUCGGUAACGGCCAGGGUGUCGAGUAUUCGGAGGCGUAUAUGCUGGAGUACUGGAGGCCGAAACUGGGAAAGUGGGUUCGCUAUAGGAACUUGCAUGGCGAAGAGGUUAUCCAAGGGAACAAGAACACCUACCUGGAGUCGAAGCACGAACUGGAUCCAUCAAUAUGGGCGAGCAAAAUUCGUUUCCUACCCUACAGCUACCACCGUCGCACCGUUUGCAUGCGCGUCGAGCUCUACGGGUGCCCUUGGAACGACGGCAUCGUCUCCUACUCGAUGCCCCAAGGUGACAAGCGCAACAAUUGGGAAUUCUUCGACGCGACUUACGACGGUUAUUGGGACGGACAACUUCUUCGCGGUUUGGGACAACUGACAGACGGCAGGAUCGGGCCGGAAUCCAUUAAAAUGAGUUACUUUGACAACUACGACAGAAGUCAGGGAUGGGUCGGCUGGAAGAACGAAUCGAGGUCCGGGCAUCCGCUCGAGAUCAAAUUCGAAUUCGACCACGUCAGAGAAUUCUCGGCCAUUCACAUCUACUGCAACAACCAAUUCACUAAGGACAUACAGAUAUUCUCCGAGGUCAGCGUUAUGUUCAGCAUCGGUGGCAAGUACUACACGGGUGAUCCCAUCGUGUACUCCUACAUGGAGGACAAAAUCUUCGAGCAACCGAGAAAUAUCACAAUCAAGCUGCACCACCGGAUCGGCAAGUUCGUCAAAUUGAGAUUCAGCUUUGCCUCGCGAUGGAUUAUGAUCAGCGAAGUCACUUUUGAUUCCGACAUCGCUCACGGUAACUUCACCCCGGAAACGCCGCCCACGACCGAGGCCCCGCGAUUGCGGGGCAGAACUUUGACUCGCGAAAAUCCGCUGCCAGCCGAAGUUCCGGUAGCUAAGCAGGACGAUCCAACUUACAUGGCUGUGAUCAUCGGCGUCUUGACCGUCGUAAUUCUGCUGCUGGCGGUCGCCAUAUUCCUAAUAGUCACGCGUCACAGACAGCGGAAGAACUUUGCCAGCCCCCUGGGCGCCAAGAGCGCGAUUCCGACGGGCAAUCAUCAGCAUCUGUCGCCGGAAUCCGCGUACGGCACCACGGAGAAGGAUCCCUCCUUGAUGACCUACCGGGUCGAGGAACUCGACGACCGGUACGCCGGCACGAAGCUCACGACCCUGCCGCGCGAUCUCAAUGAUCGUCUUUUGGGCGAUGUCAGGCUUGACGAGUACCAGGAACCUUUCCACGAGAACAAGUAUCGGGAAUCUCCUCAUGCGGCGUACUACGGAUACAGCACGGUUGUUGUAGACAACAAGGACCUCCACGACAACGUAGAGCAGUCUGAUGCCACGUAUGAUUAUGCAGUACCAAUGCCCGUGCCUAGCGUAAGCAGCGAUCAAGAUAGCGUGUUCUCGAAAUCGUCCUCCAGAGGUAGCGCAAAGGCGUGCUUGCAGAGCUUUUUUCCGCCGCCACCGCCCCCGAUGAGCGCACCACCUCUUCGAGGUUCCAACAACUUAACGUACUCGAAUCCACCGAGUCCGGAACCAGUUUGCGAGCGUGAGCGUAGAAGUAGUAAGCGCCGCGAGCACUCCUUGCACAGAUACGCGUAAGGACUUCUCGCAGCCCGCAGGAUAUUCAUGAAAAGCGAAAGGAUCGAAGAUAUGAUGGAUUCUUCGUUACUGCGAGCAACGAGAUCGCGUGAUCGAGCGAACCCUCCGGCACUGGUUCACCUUCCAAGAAUUCUGUUCCAUUUCACGUUCCAAUAAAUAUAACUUCUUUACUUUUGCAAUUGGUUGAGAAAUUCAUGUUUAACUAAUAAUAGUCUUGCUUUAUUAUGUCGCGGUAGUAAAAGAUACGCUUUUUAUUGAUCCAAUUUCAUAUUUUUAUCAUAAUUCUCGUUUUAUAGCGCUUUUAUCAUAGCAACUCGAUGAGUAUUCAUUCAUACUCUCUAAAAGUCGAAGAGUGAAAUGUCACUUAAAACGAGUGAAAUGCAAGUGUAACGCGAAAAGUAAAAAUUAAGCCUGUGCACUUCGCCACUCUAAAAAAGAGUAAAAAUGCGUUCUAUAAGUUGGAAAGUGAAAUCGCACUCUAUUUGAGUAAAAGGGCACUUUUUUGUGCAGUAGAUCAGUGUUCAUAGGAAUGAAUUACGUUACUCUACAAUUUUGAGUGGAAAAUUUUACUCCGUUAGAGUCAUUUAUCAGUCGAUCUUGAAUGAAUCGUGAUUCACUAUAGCUUUAGAGUGAGAUCAUGUCACUCCGGUAAAGUAGCCGCUUUAAAAAUUUUAGUGAAAAAUUCACUCCUACAUUAUAAGUGCCCGCACUUACUCAAAUUAGAGUGACAACUCUCUCUUUUGGAGUGACUAUCGCAAUCACUCUAGUAUAUUAGUGACAAAACCACUCGAAUCUAUGAGAUUUAGAGAGUACGCUAUUAUCAACUGUACAAAUUAAAUUGUCGUUUCUUGACGUGUCUCUUCUCUUUGUGAAAAAAUUGUUGAUAGAAUUAAAUUAUUCACACGCGUGGUCCUGAAUUUUGCAAAGCGUUCCACACGCUUUACUCCAUACGCGCAUUUUACAAUAUUUAUACGCGUCGGAAGGGAAGGAACGCAAGCAUGGAGCAGAGUAAAAUAGCUCCCAGUGCCGGUGAGGAUACUAUGAAAACACGCGCGCGCUGUUAAUCCCGAGGUAAAGACCGGUGGCAAAAGUAACACGUUGUAUAUUUCGAAGUAAACGCUGUGAGCGACCGCGCGGCGAAAGGGGUCGUAAUCCCGCUUGUUACAACGACGAUAUUUUUUUCUCCUCGAGUUUAGCGCAUCGCGAGAAAAAGAAAGGAAGAAAAAAACGACGCGAUCGCGGCGCGGUCGCGUCCGUCGCGAAACCAGAGACCCUCUUCUCGACGAGCACUGCCAUCGACGAAUUAUACGAAAAUUUUUUCCAAACAUAUUGUAGGCGACAAUCUCGAGCACGGUCUUUUCAGGAGAUUCGACCUACGAUAUUCCUACGGAUAAGUGUAAUCUCGUAAUCGAAGCUGUAUUAAAUAAUUAAAUUGGCAUAUCAGUUUUUAAUGGUAAAGUGAUGACCUCGUGCAAAACUGCGACUCUUCCGGAGAUUCGCUCGCGAGAUUCACGAAAAUUGACAAUGUGAAAAUCGCGAUGUACGCUCGACGUUUUUUUUCCCCAAAUGUCCGCGGUUUUCAUAUUACUCAUUGGUGGAAGAAGAGUCGACCUCUUCAGCAUCCAUCACGUUUUAACACUGCCAGGUCUCUCCUCCUACGCUCGCGAAGUGGAAUUUCGCGAACGGGAUGUAACUUAUGACAUUGCGAAACGCCACUUCCGCCCGUCAAUCUCUCCAAGUGGCACGGGCAAACGAUGUGUACAACCGUUACGGAGAAUAUACACACGUCAACGCGUGAAGACGAAUUUUCAAGGAAGAGUCGCGUUAAUGAUUUGGUCUGUUUCGGCGCGCAUGUGCAACAAGAUCGAGCUCGCUAUCGAUCCAGGAGGAAACGCGCGCGCGGCAAACCAGGGGGGAAGAAAAACGACCGGGGAGGGGAGUGGGGCGGGGGGAUCGGGAUGAGAUAUUUAUCCGAUGGCGCGAUCGUUACGUCGGAUCGAAGAGAUAAUUAAUUACCGGCUUGAUGGAAUAAGCGGGCGUUUCAAUUAUUCGCGCGCACGAACGUGUACGCCAGGCGACGCGACGCGACGCUUGACAUCGGGGAGAAAAAAGCCGCGACGAGAUCGACGUAACGAUAUUUAAAGGAGCGAACGAUAGCGAGCUUCGAUGCCCGCCUCACACAAGACUGACGUCAUAUAAAUAAUUCAGUAACCCGACCUGCGCCAUGCACGCGCGCGUCGUAUUAUUUAUUGUGCCGUGACGAAUCUUUAAUUUAUAUAUACAUAUAUAUAUAUAUGUUUAUAUAUAUACGUACGAACAAAAUAAAUAUAUAUAUAUAUAGAUAUAUAGAUACAAAAAAAGGUAAUUGCCGCAAAAGGUAAAACGUAUUAUCGUGCGACGACGAAUUUUAAGCGUAUAAUAGAUUGUAUAAGCCCAACUUUAUUUCUCUAUCUCUACCAACAUCGCCUUCAUGCAACGAGGAGAAUCGAGAAGCUACCAGCGUUAAGGAACCGACAAUACAGGGAUGAGACAACAAUAACUACAUGUGUACGUAAUUGAACAAAAAAAAGAGAAAAAAAGGAGAAGCGUAUAGGAAGAUUCGAGAUAUCGGGUGCGCAAGGAUGAGAGAGAGAGGCCCUCGACCACAUUGUGAUAUAUAAUGAAAAAGAGCCCGGCUCUCGCGAGUAACAUACAUAUAUAUAUAGAUAUAUAUAUAUAUAGGCACGUUAUAUGCUUAAGCGUGCCUUGCGCGCGGUGGAGCUCUCCCUUGAAUUUCGCCCUGAAAGAGCGGCCGUAAAGUGCAAGCGACUCUCUUUCUCCCCCCUACACGGUCGGACGGAACGGCGAUGGCCUGGGGUGCACCUGUGUGCGCGGCGCGAAAUUUAUUAUCGGUUUAAAUAUCUGACGUGGAACGUGGCAUGAAAUUUAAGGCUCGUUCGGCGCUUUUACCGCGAGCCGUUCAAAUAGCGUCCCCCUCCCCCUCCUCGCCCACUCCCCCCCGUACGAUUAUUUGAUCGUCCAUUGACCGCUGCACUUUCCUCGAUUACCGAUCGUAAUCUAUUAAACUAAAUUUUUCUCUCAUUUCAUCGGGUCCGGUCUCCCUUCCUCUCCCCCCUCCUCUCUUGCCCAGCAUCGCUCUCUCCGGGUCUCGCUCUCGCGAUCCCGCACGUCCCGAGACCGAAACGCGCGAUGCUAAUUGACAUUCCGCUAUUUUUUAUCUCAACAACAAACCGAACGAGUGAUAUUCGCGCGCGUAUCGGUUUUUUGAUUAAGCGCGAGACAGUUUGGCUCGUCGAGGAGAAAUUUAAUCGAGCGUUUCCCCGCCGCGCAGGGUCGCGCCCUUUUCGCGGCAAGAGCGGCGCGUCAGCCGUCUACAACGAUUGGAAACAUUGCUAUGUAUAUUUAGUGUUUAAUCGAUAUCGUAGGAUGUUAGGGAAUUUUAAGAGAAAACUAACAGUGACAGCUUUCGAACGCUUCUCUCGAGUGUAAAUAUUAACCGUUAGGGACCUCGUACCAUAUACACAACACUUUCUUCAAGCGCCUUAAGUUGGGGAGGGGGGGGGCACCAAGCAAAUAAUUUCGUCGCAAUAAUAAUCGUCGUCUUUUAAGGGCGCGGGGGAUAUCACGUACAAGCGGUUAUCGUUAUCGUAAUAGGGCAACGGCGCGGCGGACCGACGACAAAAUGGCCCGCGCGUCGCCCUUUAAAAGGUCCACGUGAGCUCGAUCUUCGAUUUCGCCGCCUUUUAAGGCCGAGAUCGGUCGUUGGUCGUGCUCGCCCUGAGUUUCCUCUUCGUCGACGGCUCUCGAUAAUUUUCUCGUUCAGCGGCACCGUGAUCGAUUCGCCGCCGAGCUAUCGUUACCGCGACACGGAAAAUUCGAGUACCCUGUUCACCCUCUCUCGUACUUCCAGCCGCUGACAGUCCGCUCCUGGCAAUAAUUGUCAAUUUGUCUCAAGCGAACGUGAAACAUGUGCACGUGCGCGCUUCGCGCGACGCGACGCGACGCACAUCGCGGGCGAGCUAGAUCAGUUAAUCGGUAAGAGCGAGAGAAAGAUAGCGGGAAUGUUAGCGGGAAAGUUAGUUUGUCUUAAAAAGAAGUUGCGCGCGAGUUAAGGGAGAUCUUCUCUCCGGCGAAGGAAACGAUAAACGAUGACGAGGGAAGACACUCUCGUAUCUGCUCACGGCGUACUUCGUAGGGGGAUAUCUUAUGUCUCUUUUAUACUUGUCUGAAACCGCACAAGCUGCCGACAGUGCCAGUUAAUGUCCUUCUAUUACGACGCGAUCGUUUUCUACAAUCGUCUGUAAUUUCGCCGCCACACUUUUUCCACAACUUCUCAUUAACAUUUUUGUACUUUUAUAUCAUAUGUGGCGUUUCUACUUCUGUUUCUAUAUUGCCGCGACACGUUUACCGCAACUCAUCACUUUCCUAAGUAAAUUACUCUGAGCUAAAAAGAAGUUUCUACACGCAGAAAAAUAUGUACCUGUGCAAGUAAAUAUUACUUGUUUUAAGUGGAUAAGUUAAUAUAUCCGUUUAUAAAUCUAUCAUAAAGUCAUCAUAAGCAUCACAUUUACUCAAAACAUAUUCAGUAUCUUAGCAAGUUUAAAUUCUUCAAAAACAAGAAUAUUUAAUUAAUACAAAAAUUCGGUUUGCUUAUUAUACAGAGUCUAUGGAAGAGAAUCAUAUACUUUAAUAAAGAUGUCACAUUUUCUUGAGAACAGUUUGUUUGCUAUUUGAAUCAAGUAUAAAUUUUAUCCCUCUAUAAAUCGCUUACUACCAAAAAGAUAUUAUAUUCUUGAUGAUGAUGAUAUGAUGAUGAUGAUUGAUUCCUUUAAUUCCUAAGUGGAACAUAGGGCUUCUUAGGAAGUUCUUGUGCGGAGCGGUACAGUUUAGAAUAUUAAAAUUACUGUAAUCAGGUAGACUCGAGCCCGGUUCUUCGUGGUUACGAGACACUUUACUCCACUAGACCACAUCUCUGAUAUUCUUAGUGCUGCAGUAUUAAGUUUUCAGAAGAAGUAAUUCAUUGAUUUUAAGUAUUUCAUAUUCUUACCUAAAGAGUCAUGGCAAACUAGCCCAUAAAAAUAAAAGUAAUUACUUGUUCCGAGAUAACAUUGUUUCUAGAAAAAAUAUACUUAUUUCAAUUGAGAACAUGGAUUUACUCCAAGCAAGAAUAACUUUCUUCCACUAUAUGUUGUUUCUUUUGAUUCUGUUGCAUAGAAUUGAAAGAAACAUACUAAAAAUUUCUUCUAUCUAAUAAAUAUUCCUGCGUUAAUAUUCAAAUUAAUUCUAGCUUUUCUUCGAUAAAGUUUCAUAAUAUUCUUGAAAAAAGAAUAUAUUCUUCUUUUGGAGCACAAAAUGAUGAGCUUCUCCAAGACUUGUGACGAGGAUAUUUUAAAACUAUUAUUAAAAAACUAUUCUUUGUUGAAGAAAAGUACUACUUAAAACAAGUAAAGUAAAAUAAUUGCUUUCCUUGGCUGAGAAUGAUAUUUUUCUGUGUGUACUCUAGUCCGUUCUCUAAUGUAUAAAACAACCCGAACAGCGAGAACGGCGAUUGUUAAAGACAAUGCGUGUAGAUUAUCCGAGCUUUCGAGUAUACCACCAACGUACAAAGACCCCUCGAGGACGUGAAUAAUGGCAUCUAGUACCGACUGGCCAAUCCGUUAGAACUAGUUCGAGCAGAACCGGAUGCCAUUAUCUACCUCCUAGGAGUCAAAUUGGACAUGGUCAUAAUUUCGAGUUAUUCUCGUCAGCAACAAGAAACGUUUAAUAAUCUCGGGGCGUAAAGGGGCGUAAAGACUCGUUCUCGCGAAUCGCGCGCGCGCGCAUGUUACACAAGUUAAUUCUUAUCGCCCGCUCUCGUAGCAUCGGAACGCGGUGAUAGCACUGUCUUGGCUCACCGUACGGGUUCCUUGCCCCCGGUAUACACGUAUUCUUACGCCAGUCGUAAGUUUUCUUCCGGCCGCGCCGUGUCGAGGGCGAUACAACGAUACGGCCGCGGCUCUCGUCGAUAUAACCGAGAUACGACACGAUCGGUUCUGCAUCGGUACGUACAAUGUGCACAGGAACACGGCGCGGGCCGCAGCAGCCGGUGCGACCGGGGAAAAGUCUCGGGCAUAAAUCACGCAUGCAGCCCUUUUUCUAUCUGACAUGAGAAAUGCGGGAAGAAGCCUCCGGUUGAACCGACGACACGGGGUCCGACGGAGAGCUCGCGGCAGACGAAAACGAGGGGGGAAACUGGCCCAUCUUUUAUACGACGACACGUAAGUGCGUGCGCGUACAUGCGACUCUACGAGGGAGCAUGAAAAAAAGAAAGAAAUGAACCAACUUGAGAGGUCGCUUGAUCAAUCGGCCUUUGGAGCUGCAUUAUGCUCGCGGGCAUAUCGCAAUUAAUGCUGUUUACGAGUAGAAACUGCCGAGAGAAAUUGCACAAAAAUUUAUUUACGUGAUUAUCCUUAAUUAAACGGACAAGUUUCGUGAAAUAAAUCGAUAUAAUUAUUUCUCCUUAUAUUUGUGGCCGAAAGUGCUUUUAAUACGCACGAUAAGCUCAUCGGCGCGUUAUUUGUUAUCUCGCAAUUUUCACAAGAAUAUAAUUCUUGUACGGAUUACGAUUGCACGUACGAAUUCGACCACGUAUGAUUUGACCACGCGAAAAACUUGUCGAGAGCGGACACCGUGUACAUAAAAGAUCGAUCGUAUGAAAUACCUCGCGUCUGGCUGUACUAUACUCUAUUGUAGAAAGUCGAAGAGAGCGCGCGGUGAGCAGAUACGACGACGACGACAAACGACAACGAUGAUGGUUUAUCAAUAGAUUUAGCACAAGCGAUAAUAGGGAAAACUUUCCGCCACCCCGAAGGUAUUAAACGCGCCGCAUAAUCUCUCGAUGUAUAUAGCGAACUGUAAUUUAUACGUACAUAUGUGUAAACGUAUUAUAAAUACACCCGCGUCGAUGCGCGGGAGCGACCAUUUGUAUAUAACUGUAUUAUAUAGCGUAAAACGAGUACGGAGGGCGGUACCAUUGUGAGUGUAAUUAUAUUGAUCAAUAGCAUAACGCGAGUACCGGAUGCAUAUUUGAUAUUUGUGUGCCUGUAUCCCUUUUGUAUGCUAUCGAGAUAGAUAAAAAAAAACACAAAAACUAUACAUAUUAUAUUGUAUUAAUUGCGACGUAGACGACUACGAAGUGUGUAACGUAAAAAACGCAUACAGUACACGAACAACAAGAAUACAUACACGCAUGCGUACAUGGAGUCAUACACACAAAUACGUCGGGCUAACCGGCCGACGAAUAAAAUAAAACUUUUAGCGAAGCGAA